ACUCGGGGUGGUGCCAGCACCACUCCCUAUACCCCGGAACAGGAGGAGGAGGCUGCGAGGAUCUUGGCCGAGAAGAAGGCCAAGAAGGAGAAGAAGGAGGUGGUGAAGUAGGCCAAAACGUUGGCCUUAAUGCAGGAGCAGGCUGCAAAAAGGAAGAAGUUGGAGGAGGAACUAGAAAGGGUGAAAAAAGAGGAGGAAGAGAAGAUGAAAGCAGUGGAUGCAGAAGAAGAAGAAGAAGAGAAAAAGGUGGAAGAAGAAGUGCCCCUGAUUAGGAGAAGUAUCAGGGACAGAGGCGAGACAAGUGGCACUAAGAAAAAGGAUUCUUGGUUGGAGAAGAAGGUUUCUGAAUGGGUUGCCAAUCUGUAUUUGGGCGAAGAGGAAGAGGUGAUGUUAUAUGUUCCUAGGGAAGAACAGGAGACGGUUGUGAAGGAAUUGGAAGCCGAGGAAGAUCCCCUCAAACGGCAGACGAUAGAGGAGGAGAAAAAGUUGGAGUGGAACUGCUUGGUUGCACCAAAAGAGGAGGAAGCUCGUCCCCGUAGGGAGCCCAUUAAGGUGAAGUUCCUCGACUCCUACAGUGGAAAGAAGGAGGAGAACUUCGACAACAAGGAGACCAAUGUCAACUCCUACGUACAUCUACAAAAGAUAUCUCCUGACGAGCAUGUCCUAAUAGUUUUCCAUGCCCUCAAAGGCGAAGCAGCAAGCUUCCCCAGGUCGCUGUGUCGUGCUACUAAUUGCAAUGAAGAUAUGGUUGCUUAUUCCGCCUUCACCCCUCUCAGUGAGUUCUUCAAACUGUUGCGCGAAAGGUUUGCAAAUGUCACACGAAGCGUUAGAGCUUCUGACAAACUGCAGACCAUUCAUUCCCACCAGUGGAGGAGCGCCAGGCCACUCAAGGGUGUCAUGGAUGAGUUGGUCGCCGUUCUUGAUCAAUGGGUCACUGAGACCCAACUAGUCAACCUAUUCUAUCGUGCCAUGCCCAAGCCCUUGUGUGGGCAUUUCUUUGAGAAAAGUAGGGAGUCUACCAUGACCUACGAUACCUUGAGUAGGGAAGUGGCAGCAUUCGAAGCGCAGUCCAUGCCAGUUUCCACUUUCUGGCAUAAGGACCUCGACAAAGGGAAGAAGUGGAAGGGCCGUACGAUCUCGGGUCAGGUCAAGGGCAAGGAUCACCUGAUCCUUACAUUAGAUGAGGGUUGUAUGGAAGAGGUCCCGUAUGAUCAGAAAGAGUGGGGCCUAGAGGAAGAGGACAGUAGCGCUAGUCAGGGGAGGACUUACGCUGCUGUCGCAGCUGGAGGGAGGCCACAAGGAAGAGGGAGAGGCCAUAACCAAGGGGAUCGGGCCUCUGGUGGUCGUGGGAAGGGCGAUCAGGGGGUUGGUGGUAGAGGAGGCCGCCAAGUGGGAGGUAGGGGUCAAGCUUUAGUGAAGGGUUCCCCACCUUUGCACAUUCUUGUACACUCUUUUCAGCGCAUCUUCACAUUUUUGUUAGGGUGCAAGCAAGGUCUGCAGUCGAAGAGCGUUGCAGGCGUGGUAAGGAUGCUUGGGGCGGCAAAAGACGAGGACGGGAUGUUGGGGAGGGCCGUGGUGGGGAGAAUGAACGGGUUCUUCUUUGUCCGAGAACAAAGAUGGAGGAAAGGGGACUACACGGAGUACGAGCAGAUCUCGGCCAAUGCCGCUCGCUUCAAGCACCAGGAUGAAUGCGAUAAUUUUGCACCGUCUUGUACUGCCAAGUCUGACCACUCUGACCACUCGAAGAAAAACUAUGGAUCGGGGAAAAAGUGUGGAUCGCCGAGGGAUCUGGUUAAUGAACCUGCUGUUGCUGACAGAUUCGACACGGUCGUCGACAGCACCUCUGUGGUUCGUGUGGAAUCUGCGUCAAUCCACUUGCCGCACACAGGCCAGAGCGGUACUGCAUCAUCUGUUAGCUGCACUCAGCAAUGCAGUGAACAUUCAGAGAACACGCCUGCGGCAGCGUUGAACGUGGGCGCAAAGCGACGAGGAGGGAUGGCGGCUGAGGGGUCGACACCUGGCAGUGGAAUUGAGGGACCAAGGAGUCUCACAGAAGCAGUGAAACGACUAGACGUUGUAUCAGAUGAUGGAGGUAAUUUCGCGUGUACCUCAACAGAUGCGAGAGGGGUAGGCAGUGUGGACCAGGGAUUACCCUCCGUGCCUACCACUCCUCGUAGCGGAGCUGCCAGAGGAGCCGAGCAGGCUGUGGACGAGAAGGUGCUUGGCAACGAGCUUUCAGCCUCGUAUUACCGGUCCGUUGUUCCCAAAGAUGGAUUUCACACAUGGGCCAGGCCUCAGCUCAUACCUCGGAACCUUCACAGAUCAGUUGUGCAUGUGGAGAGCACUGCUCACAGCGCUGCUCUUGAUGCCACUGCUACUGAUAGUAGUGGCUCAACUAAUACUAGUGGACCUGUCGAGGAGCAUGCCACCAAACGUUCGUAUUCAAUGUCUGCAUUAUGGAGUGAUAUGGUUCAUGCAAGACGGCAGCAUGUGUAUCGUGCCCGAGACGGAGGCGACGUUUAUUCUUCACAUCGCACUGACGUUGUCCGGGACUCAGCCCAGCAGACGGUAUCUCCUCCUUGUGUCAGCCAACCUUCAAGCUCGGGGGCUUCGAAGCCUCAAGUAGACGGAAAUUGCCGCGAACUAGUAACACAACAGAGGAAAAAAGGGUCGUAUCGCAACCUUGUUGCGAGUAUACGGACUGGCGAAACGCCACGAUCUCCCAUGGGGGUGCUGCCUGUGAGGCCAAAUGACAAUCAUGGCAACACAGGUCUCCCUUCUCACACGCAGGGUAUAGGUACGGCUGAUCGGGUUACCACAGUGGGUGCUGGAGCUGAGGAGCCUUAUGCCGAAGGAACACGGUUAGUUGCCAGGGUUGCGGAUGCUCAAGUGAGGGACCCCGUGGCGGUGAAUAAGUUGUUAUCGUCGACCAACAAGGUGGUGGAGGGGUUGAUCCGAAUUCAGAGCUGGUGGAAAUCGCGUCCAAGGCAGGGCAGCCCAACGAUUGAAGAUGCAAUUGUGAGUGUGGCAGAUAAUCCAGAGGCAGCUCGGUCCCGCGUGUAUACGCCAUGCUGCAACGAGAUCGUCAUUGAUAGCUUGGAUACCGAACGGAAAAAGCGCCAUGCCAGUGAGCCUGGUCGCAUGGGCGAGCAUAGGUUGACCAGCAACAGCCACAAGAAUGAGAGACGUGUUCCUCUUGCAGAUUUACCGCCAGGAUCAGCAGGACCAGAAGGUCUGUCAGCAUAUGCAGUGCCGGCAGCAUCGGAAACAUCGGCUGCGUCAGCAGCAGGUUUGCAUGAAGGAGCUGGAGGUGGUGGCUAUGGGGCUCCACUCUCGCCGUGCUCGGCGGAGUGGCUUCCUCCUCGUCCUCGCCGCAAUAGUCGUGGUAGCCCCUUGACGCGUUCGAAGGACCCUGUAGGACGGUUCAUAUGCACACCAUCUCCGCGAGGGAUGACGUCUCCUUGCUCCUUUCAUAGUUGUGCUAGCUGGUCAGCUAGCAGCCCAUGGAACUACAUGAGUGAUGGCGUAGAAACAUCCGAUGCACGACGAUCAGACGAGGGGACAUCACGGUAUCUGUCCAUAUCACCCUCUAGCGAAAUCCGAGCCUCUGCUCGACUGCAAACACAGUCUGUGCCACCCUCUGGGGAACUCCAGGUAUCAGGUCAGCAACAGUCCGGAGCUAGAACCCCAUCGCGUGCUGGGCAACUGCAGCCCGGGACUUCAUUCCAUGCUGCUUCCACUCAUCAACGGCCUGGAACUCCGUUGCGUGCUGCUUCUGGACCCUUCUCUGGGCCCCUCUCUGGACCACUUUCUGGACCCCUCUCCGGACCCGUCUCUGGACCCGUCUCUGGAUCUCUCUCUGGUGUCCUGUCUUGGAAGUCAGAUGUCGAUACUUGUAACCUCAACGUGAAUGAACACUCCAACGGUCUUUUUUUGCCCGGAGGACACCCUUUGGAUUGCGAGUCGUCUUUCAGUGCAAGUAGCAGUCUUUCUGUCCUGAAAAACACAGCUGCUGAUCCUGCGGCUGAAAUGGCCAGUCAUUUGAAGAGCCCUAGUGAAUGUUUGGAGGGAAGGCAUUCCGACGCUGCUAUCCCGCCGGAAUUCCGGCUGGAUACAAGUGGAUCCCAUAGCCGAAGACCUAGGUCCCGAUCAGUUAGUCAUCAGAGACCGCGUGCAAGCGCAAUGGCAUCGUGCAGUCCCUUCAUUAGCAAGUCGGAGCGAUUACAUGCGUACGCGCCACUGGUCGGCAACCAGCAGGAAGACAGUGGCAGCAAGGACACGUUGAGGAGAAGCCGUAGUUUGCCACGUGCAGCAAGGGCUGAACAGCGCCUGCAACAGAAUGUGACUCCCUCAAAGGAGGGGCGGGCCAUGGGCCCACUACGAGACGACUUUGGAGUGGGGAGACAGAUGUCACUCGGAACCAUUGGUGGGGGGAGCCAGUGCAAACAUCGAACGGAAUGCCAUAGUGUUCAGGAGCAAUUGGCGUCAACAGACCAUCUACAUCUCAUUGCCAUGGCCGUUCCAUGUGAGCGCAAGUGUCAGGAAAAUCUCCGUGUUCCCUCUGCAGUGUCAGUGGAAGUAUGCACUUGUGCUAGCAGCCUUGGAGUCCCAGAAGGCAAGCUUGACCACCGGCUUGUGCUUGAUGAUAGGAGCGAGUCCAUGGCCGUUCGAUCUUUGCCAAACUCAGGCGUGCUCAUCAACAGGAUAGGUGAGCAGCUUGUUUUCCAAAAUGUCUGGAGGCAGGACGAGUUGCCGACUGUUCCAUCGUGCGAUCGACAGGGGGACAAAACCAUAGCCGCCGAUUCAUCCUUGAACAGCAGUUUGAAGGGUCCCAAUGUCCAGGAAGCUGUAGAUGAAAGGCCAUCAACAAGGAAAGACGAGGAGGAAGAAUCUCCUCAGGACUUCUGCCGCAUCUGCUUUAUGGAUGUGAAUUCGGGAGGUACAAGGAUGGAGCUCGGGUGCAGCUGCAAGGAUGAGCUUGCAAUUGUCCAUCAGGAGUGUGCGUUGACAUGGUUUCGGCAGAGAGGAAGUAGGACAUGCGAAGUUUGCGCGAAGACUGUGGGCAACCUGCCAGAUAUUAUGCCUGUCGCAUCACGGGAGCCUGUUUCAGCUCCCGUGCAGCGCAAUGAUGUGUUGACAGAUGCAUUGGAGUGGAGGAGAAUCUGGCUCAUACGAGCGCCAUGCUGUUCGCUAGUGACAUCAGUGCUGCUCCCACUGUUCGCCGAUCUUCUCCUGGAGGAGGAAGAGGAGGAGGCGGAGGAUGGUGACAACGACGAAGAAGAACAGGAGGCGGCGGCAGAGGAGGAAAGGGAGCAGGAGGGGGCCGCGGCUAUGAAUGCAAAUUGGGAUGCCGCGACGAUGGAUGAGGAUGCGGAGGAGGAGGACGACGACAACGAAGAGGAGGAGGACGAGGGGGAGGAGGAGGAGGAGGAGGAGGAGGAAGAAGAAGAGCAGGAAGAGGAGGAGGAGGAGGAAGAAGAAGAAAAGGAGGAGGAGGAGGAAGAGGAGGAGGACGCCAACGGUGGACGAGGAGGAGGAGAGGAGGUGGAGGAUGAGGAGGAGGAAGAAGAUGAGGAGAAGAAGGAGGAGGAGGGGGAGCAGAAGGAAGUGGACGGAAAGGAGGAGGAGGAGGAAGAGAUGGAGGGAAAGGAGGAGGAGGAGGAAACACUGAGGAACAUCCGACCUCUCAUUGCAGCCAGGUACGUGUCAAACGCGAGGGAGUGGCAGAUCGCAACGGACAUAGCCUUCAAAAUCCCCUACUUUGUUGAGGGGGAAAACGUGGUGAAGGUGCUCAAAGAACAUGUAACACUGGAAUCCCCACUGGGGCUCUUUGAGACAGUAGCCUUGGAAUCAGAUCUGAUUGACUCCAACACACAGGAGGAAACAGGAAGCGUCAAAUGUGGUGAGGGCAAGAUGACCAGAAACUCCCCAAGGGCCUUCUCACCCCUGAUAGCCAAGACGUCAGAAUCAACAAAGCUGAGAACAGGGAUGAUCUGGAAACCGUGGCGAACAGUGUCCGAAGUCCCUUACAGCAUCCUAGCUGGCAUUGGUGUGUCGGCAAAAUUGAUGGCCACAAUUGUGGCUCAAAUUGUCAAAUCAGGGCAGCUGGAAGGGGACCGGGAUCUAGAUGCAAGAGCAUUCGCCCUGGAUUGUGACAGGUUCUACAGAAGUGACGCCUCUGACUGUUCCGUGUGGGAAGGGGACGAUGAAGGUGAGAUCCUGAGUCGGGACACUGACCUAGGUAAGGAAGAGAAUGGCCAGAUUGACCCAGAGAGUUCAGACAAGGCAGGAGAUUCUGCAUUCUCCCCAUCAAAGGACAACGGAUUAGGGUCGUCUUAGGCGACAACUGGGGAAGGGGCAAGCAUGGGCACCUCUCCGCUUCCCCUACCUAGACGGUCCGGGAUCAAGAUUCUCUCUAAUCUGACCCAGCUGCUGCUAUGGAGAGCUACAGGAGAGCGAAUGAGGCCUUUAAAUAAGAGCAAGAAUGUGUGAGUACGAACUCAGUGACUCAAUGACUAAACACUUUUUUGCCCGAAUCAAAGCCAAUUCCAAGA